UAUACGUUUACGAAAUAAAACUUAACAGUAACAUUAAAACUCGAACUGCCACGUUGUAAAAUAAUAAAGCUUAAAAAGUUUCCAGUUUUACCACAGUUGAACUAAAGAAAACUCGUACCAUGGACGAUGACUAUGAAGAUGACAAUGAGCAAGGAUGGGAUGAAGAUAUGGGCUUGGAUCAGGAAGGAGAAGGAGAUCUUGAGUUACAUACGGCUGAAGAACAGGAAGCUGUUAAUGUACAGAUUCAACAAGAAUGUGUGGAAAAAUUUAGUAGCAAGGAUUUCAUCAUGGAACCAGGGAUUUUCCUCCAGUUGAAGAGUUUUUUUCAAUCUGGAGGAAAUCCAGAACAAGUCGUUGAUCUUCUGUCAGAAAACUACCAGGCUAUUGCACAAACGGCAAAUUUAUUAGCAGAAUGGUUGAUUAUGGCAGGAAUGAAAAUAUCUGAAGUGCAGGCCUUAGUGGAGGACCAUUUGAAACAAAUGGUCAUCAAGCAUUUUGAUCCUAAAAAAGCUGAUUCAAUUUUCACAGAUGAAGGAGAGACUCCUGCCUGGUUAACGGAAAUGAUAGAACAUCCAACUUGGAGGUCGUUAAUUUAUAAGUUAGCUGAAGACUAUCCUGAUUGUCUGAUGCUAAAUUUCACCAUUAAACUUAUUUCUGAUGCAGGAUUUCAAGCUGAGAUCACAAGUAUCUCCACAGCUUCUCAGCAGCUUGAGGUUUUCUCUCGUAUCCUAAAGACAUCCAUCUCUAACUCUCUUGAAGGUGGAGAAGAAGAAAUGGAGAAAAUCCUCCCAGAAUUUACAAAAAUGGUUUGUCAUGGAGAACACACAUACUUGUACAGCCAGGCUUUGUUACAUCAAUUAUCUCAGGAACCCAAAGGAGGCUCCAACAUUAAAAGAUUGUCACAAGAGAUUUGCAAGUAUGCACAGCAGAAUGGACAUGAUGCAACUCCAAUUACUAUGGCACUGAAUGGAGCAGCAGCCAAUCCCAGAGCUUGUCAAGCUCUUUCUGCAAUGUUGUCAAAAAAUGCUCUUAAUCCUGCUGAUAUUACUGUGCUCUACAAAAUAUAUCAAGUUGCAGAACCACCACCAGUAGAAUUGCUUCGAGUGCCUCAGUUUUUAGAUCUGUUAAUGGAUUCCCUGUUCAAGCCUGGAACUAAACUUAAUCCAGACCACAAACCUAAGUAUAUUUAUUUACUUGCUUAUGCUGCCAGUGUAUAUGAAACAUAUAAAAAGGGAACAAGGAAAACCCUCAACAAAGACGAGCUCAAAGCUACAACUCAAGCUGUUGAAAAGGUCCAUAUGAUCUGCAAUGAAAAGAAAGGAUCGUCUGAACUUAUAGCUGAACUUAACACACUAUAUCAGUGUAUCAGGUUUCCGGUGGUUGCGUUAGGUGUAGUGAGAUGGGUGGACUACACUGUGUCUGAGAAAAGCUAUUUUAAGUUGUCCACCGAGCAUACUCCACUUCACUUGCAGCUGUUGGAUGAGGUGUCCACCUGUCAUACAACUCUCCACCAGAAAGUGUUAGAUUUAUUAAUUCGUUUGUUUGAAUCUCCUCAAGAAGAACUGGAUGUGUUAGUACAGCUAGAAAUGAAAAAGAUGCUUUUAGACCGUAUGGUCCACUUACUGAGUAGAGGCUGUGUUUUCCCUGUGAUAAAUUACAUCAAGACCUGUUGGCACCGACAAGAUACUGAUGUUUCACUAAUUCGGUACUUUGUUACAGAGGUAUUAGACAUUAUUGCUGCUCCCUACACACCAGAAUUUAUACAACUGUUUCUUCCCCUGGUGGAAAAUGAAGAAAUUACAGGUGGAAUGCGCAAUGAAGGAGAAAAUGACCCAAUUACUGAGUUUGUUUUACACUGCAAGACCAUUAUGGUUAUCUGAUGAUACAAGCUUUUUCAUCUUGUCAUACUGAACUCAUUUUGUGGUAACUAAGCUUAAACUAAACUAUUUUACAAGCAUGUCAUAGUAACAAACAAGACCAUAUAAAUGUGUACAGACUUUGCAGUAAGAUCAUUUUGUAAGAUUGUAACAAAAUACCAAUGUUAUUAUUUAGAGUUGGUUAUAAAACCUUGUUAACAAAGUUACAUCAUAUUGCUAAAACCUGCUGUUUUAAAGAAAAGAUUGUUCUAACUUAAAAAUAGCGAUUGUUUUAUUAUAUUCUUCCUAGAUAGUGGUGUGAGAAGUACAUAUAAUCACUACAAUCUUAAUGUCAUGAAAGGUUAAGUUCUUGUAGAGUGGUGUGAGAAGUACAUAUAAUCACUACAAUCUUAAUGUGAUGAAAGGUUAAGUUCUUGUAGGGUGGUGUGAGAAGUACAUAUAAUCACUACAAUCUUAAUGUAAUGAAAGGUUAAAUUCUUGUAGAGUGGUGUGAGAAGUACAUAUAAUCACUGCAGUCUUAAUGUGAUGAAAGGUUAAGUUCUUGUAGAGUGGUGUGAGAAAUACAUAUAAUCACUACAAUCUUAAUGUAAUGAAUGGUUAAGUUCUUGUAGAGUGGUGUGAGAAGUACAUAUAAUCACCACAAUCUGAAUGUGUUGAAAGGUUAAGUUCUUGUAGAGUGGUGUGAGAAGUACAUAUAAUCACCACAAUCUGAAUGUGUUGAAAGGUUAAGUUCUUGUAGAGUGGUGUGAGAAGUACAUAUAAUCAUUACAAUCUUAAUGUGAUGAAAGGUUAAGUUCUUGUAGAGUGGUGUGAGAAGUACAUAUAAUUACUACAAUCUUAAUGUGAUGAAAGGUUAAGUUCUUGUAGAGUGGUGUGAGAAGUACAUAUAAUAAAUACAGUACUGAUAAUCAAUACAAGUAGCUAAACAAAUGUUAUUUGUUUGUUUACUGUGUAAGAUCAUAAGGAUUAAAACUGAUGCUAAGCUGUAGAGUAAUAAACGAAACCUGAGAUCAGGAUUUGAAUUUAUUGUAGCAUAGAAGAAACAAAUACUGAUAACUAUCUACUUCAUUAUGUAGUUUCACUUUAAGAUAAAGGAAAAAAAUGCAUAUUUCCACUACUAUUUAAUUUGCAGUUUUAAAACGAGAACCUAAAGAUACUGAAAUAGUACUUCAAGAAGCAUCAAAUGUUAAAGGACAUAUACAUGUUGUUUUGUUAAAACAAAAGGUACUCAUGUGUUUUUUAAACACUUUCUUGUAACAUGAUCUCUCUGAGAACCUAAAGAUACUGAAAUAGUACUUCAAGAAGCAUCAAAUGUUAAAGGACAUAUACAUGUUGUUUUGUUAAAACAAAAGGUACUCAUGUGUUUUUUAAACACUUUCUUGUAACAUGAUCUCUCUGCAAAUUGAUAUUAGACAUGUCAUGAAAAAAAUUUAGAAAAUAAAACAGAUGUACAUACAUUAUCUUAUUA